AUGGUAUGUGCAAUGGUGGUUUUAGCCGUGGCUCAGUUCAUGUGUCAGCCAAGCUCCGGCGCUCUUACUUGUACCCAAGUGGUUCAGAAUCUGGCUCCUUGUGCGACCUACAUAACAGGUUCAGUGCCUCAGCCUGCACCUGCUUGUUGUACCGGUAUCACUACUCUAAGGGGAAUGGCAACAACGACUCCUGAUAAGCGUUUUGCUUGCAAUUGUGUAAAAACUGCGACAGCUUCGAAUCCAAAUAUAAGGGAUGAUGCAGUGAGUUCACUUCCCGGCAAAUGUGGUGUACAGCUUCCCUACGCUAUCUCGAGGAGCUUUGAUUGCAACUCGUGA